AUGCAUCCUUCAGAUGUUCAGACUUUUCUUCAAGGAAGGACUGGUGGCCGCUGGCUAUUAACUCCUUCAAGUUGGCCUCAGCUUUUGAGUUUUGGCAAUGCUCUUCUUGGGGUGGCCUCUGCUAAUGACCAAGCAAGAGGUGCUACAAGGACCGAGAUUUUUGCCAAGUACAAGACACUUCUACUAGGUGUUACUUCUGUCUCUAUCUCUGUUCACUUGUCAGAGGACCCAAUAGUACCAGGAUUGACCCGAAAAAGUUAUGAUUGUGCUCAGCGCUUGCUCGAGGGGCUCUCUGUUGCUCCGUAUGGGCUGCCCUCCUCCGUCCUCCUCUUUCCUCCCGUGAUCCUUGCAGACAGAAAAAGUAUACUGUCAGAAAAUUCAUACCAUUUGGGACUUGUUAUUUGGACCAGCUUAAGGAGUCUGAUUGAUAGGAUCAACUGGCAGCAGAAAAUGAAAAGUAGUGUGGCACAGAUAAAACAUUCUUCAGGUCAUGACAGAAGGGAAAACAACAGUUCAUAUCAAAGGACCAUCUCUCCAGAAGACAGAUAUGCAGAACAAGAAAGAUCCCCCCGGGAUAGAGAUUACUUUGAGUACAGCAGGUCAGACAAUGAGCGUUCAAGAAGAGGACGUUCUUAUGAUGGCAGCAUGGAGUCACGAAGUAGGGACAGAGAGAAACGCAGAGAAAGAGAAAGAGAUGUGGAUCGGAAAAGGUACCGGAGAUCUUCAUCGCCUGGGAGAAGAAGCCCAGAACCAUCGGUAACCCAAAGUUCCUCUGCUCAGGAUGAGCCUACUGCAAAGAAGAAGAAAGAGGAGCUGGAUCCUCUUCUUACUCGUACUGGUGGAGCAUAUAUUCCUCCUGCAAAGCUCAGGAUGAUGCAAGAACAGAUCACAGAUAAAAACAG